ACCGAGCCAUACCCCUUCGUAUUGGACAGAAUUGCCCGUUUCUUCUCCGCCCGCGGCACACUCUUCCCCGCGCACGACACCUUUCCCCGACGCCUCCGCCGCCGCAGCGCUCGCCGCUGCCGCGACCCUUCCCCUCUUCCUCACAGCCGGCGGCCCGGCACCCCUUCCGUCCUUCCUCACGACAGGCCCCAGCCGGCGCAGGCGCCCAGGCGCCCCUUCCCUUCUUCCUCGCGGCGGGCUCCUCUCGUUCUUCCUCGCAGCCGGCGGCGGCACCUCCGUCCUGCGCCGUCCCGCCAUCCCUACACCUCCGCCGGCCCACUCCCGCCCCUCUGCCCCUCCACCGGCGUGAUGUGGCCACGCGGCGCGUCCCAUCCUCCGCUGGCCCGCCCCUACGCCGUCCCGCUCCUGCCCUUCCGCCGGCGUGAUGCACUCCAUGGCCUCCUCCACCGAGCCCUGCCAUGCUCCCCUCGAUGCGGCGCGGCGGAGAUCGAUUCGGUGUCGGGGAUACUCAAUCCAGCAGUGGCAGAGCUCGAUUUAGUGCAGGCAAACCCAAAUUCGGCUGCGGCAAGGCUCGAUUUGGUGCCAACAAGCCUCAAGCGUCCCCGCGCAAGCAUGCCGUCCCUGAGGCACUACGGCUGGCGGCCCUCCAGCUUCCGCUCCGACGCGGCCGCCCACCGCCGCCACUGACCCCUCUCUACCCCGGAGGCGCAACCACGAGCACUCCGUAGCUUCCAUUUCGAGGUCGACGACGGAAGAGCGGCAUGGUUGGGAGGAUUCCAAGGUCCAAUGCAUUGGUCAUCCAAACAAUAGAAUUUGAAUUGAGUCCAUUUCAAUACCAUGGUUGUUUUGGUAUUGAACCCAAUUCAAUACCAUGCCCUCCAAUAUCGACAUCCAAAUGGAGCAUUAGGGAGACCUGCUUCACAUUUCACCACACAUGAAACAAAUCAGGAUUCGGACAAACGUUGAAGCAAACUGAGCUGAGGUGAAGUUUAUUUGAUUUUGAAAAUGGCACAAAAUGUGUUGACUAUUUACCCAAUACCUUCAAGCUAACUCACGGUUAUGUUUGUUGUGAGUAAAUUACCCCAUUUGCUCUUUAAUCUAGCCACAAAUUUCUUAGAAUAUUGGUUAAUAGUGCACUGGCUUGUCGCCUUGUGCCAAUGCGUGCAUGAGUCCAACAUUUGGUAGACAGAGGGGCAAUUGCCAUUUUACAUUAUGCCUAUGAUGAUACUACCAUGCUAUUUUUCUAGAAAAAAAUAUAUUUUCUCCUUGUUCAAACAAAUGUGAUGGACUGAAGGUAACUUUUUGUAGGAGUGAAAUAUUCCGCAUUGGUGAUGCAUUAGAAAAUCAAAUGUCAAUUCAGGAAAUAUGUACUUGGAAGGCCAAAGCUGGGAAGACACAAUUUCAGCAGCUUCACUUCUCUUUCAUCUCCAGAAAGAGGCUUCAUAGCUUCUUUUCCAUUCCAAACAUGGCCUACCACCUGAGAUCCGUGAGUGUGCCCUCAAGCCCUCGCUCCAACCAAACCGAUGUUGAGGAGCAGCUCCAGAACCUGAAGGCAACCAUCUCUGCACCCUCUUCAACCAUCGAAACAAUAGUUGAUGGUCUAUCCAAGCUCGGGAGCAUCUACAGCUGCAUUGAUGAUCUCAUAUGCUUUCCGAGCAGCCAGCGUCAGCAGAGGAAGGCAGUGGAGGAAGAGCUUGAGUGCUCUCUCAUCUUGCUUGACCUCUGCAGUGCCAUGCAAGAGAGCUUUGGGGAGCUCAGGGCGAGCAUCCAAGAGAUUCAUUUGGCUCUCAAGAGAGGAGACGAUUUGGCUGUUCAGGCCAAGGCUAAGUCUUAUGCCCGCUUGGCCAAGAAGGCGCAGAAGCAAAUCAAGAAGAUCAACAAGAAGGUUGCUCUUGACAAUGAAUGCUGCAGGAUGAUCAAGUUGUUGUCUGAAGCAAGAGAGAUCGCUCUAUCGAUGCUGGAAUCGACAUUGGACAUCCUAUCAAAGGAGAUCACGGUGCCGAGUGCUAGCAAGUGGUCUCUUGUCUCCAAGGCAUUCCAGAAGAAGAGAGUCACAUGCGAGGAGGGGCAAUUGCAGGUGUUGGAGUUGGAGAUUGUUGAGCUUGAAAGCCAUAUUCAGAUUGUCUUUAGGAGACUGAUCCAAUGCAGGGUUUCCCUUCUGAAUACUCUUAGCCUGUAGAAAGAUCAUACACCAACCAACUCUGAUUCCCUGUGAUUAGCAUCCCACCUUUUAGAGGAUUGGCUGAUCAUCAAAACAAUUUUGAUGUAUAUAUGAGACAAAGUGUACAGAAAAAUACUCGAUGAAAGAGCAAAGUUUUGACCAUUUCGUGUUAUCAA